AUGACCGAAUUCUCUGUUGAUGAAAAAGUUCAAAUAGCAGCAAGCUUUCUGCUCGAGAGCCCUCCUGGCGAAGUUAAUGAUGUCUUCAAUGAUAUUCGAACUCUCAUUGGAGAUGACGAUGCCCUGCAAUCGGGAAUCUUGACCUCUUUGGAGGAUCACAAUACUGAGCAGCUCAUUACUGUUGCACUGCCGGAAUCUGAAACUGAGGUCAUCAUUUCGAAAUUUGGCCAAUUAGAAGGUGGUCGUUUUGCUGAUCCUAGGUCCAAGCAAAGCUUUGCAUUUGACCACAUGCGGCUGGUUGCUUCUGAUUUACAACCGCUCGAGAUUUCAGACGACGUUGAAUCGCUAAGAGAAGCCAUCGAUAACCAAGUACAAGCAUAUGUCAGCGAUCAUUAUCCACAUGGCGUCACUACCGUUCACGCAUCAGGUUCAAAGGUCACCAUUGUCAUUGUGGAUAACAAAUAUAAUCCCAGCAACUAUUGGAAUGGACGAUGGCGCGCUGUUUGGGAGGUCGAGAAGGGUGGUUCUCAGCUGAAAGGUUCUGCUAAAGUGCAGGUUCAUUAUUACGAAGACGGUAAUGUUCAGCUAAAUUCAACAAAAGACUUUGAACUUGAUAUCAACAGCGAGCAUGAUGAGAAGAAGGCUGCUAGCACCAUUGUCAAGGCGAUUGAAAAAGCAGAGAAGGAGUAUCAAAUGGCCAUUAACGAAAACUAUACCGAGCUUUCCGAAAACACGUUCAAGGAACUACGAAGAGCACUUCCUUACACCCGUAAUAAGGUUGACUGGCACAAGAUAUUCAAUUAUAAGCUUGGAAACUCCAUCGUCAACAAAUAA